AUGGAAACUCUCAUCAUAACAGAUCCAAGAGGAUCCAGCGAAAUCCGAGACAGCACAGUGGAUAAAAUCCAUAUAUUUCAGGAGCACCAGACCACGUGCCGGUUGCGCCUGAAGUAUCACGCCCAUAUAAAUAGUGAAGCCAGACAGCCAGUUAUUCCAGGUCUUUUCCACUGGCUUCCUCUUGGUGGCUUCAUGCUCCUUACAAGACUCCCCCUCCUUAUGUUUGACUUCCGGUUCCCUAAACAGAAGACUAAAGAUGUUUACAUACUCCCCCUUAAGGAUCUUCUCUCUAGAGGAAGGCAACAAGUGAUCCCCAAGAGGAAGGCCCAUGCCCCUGUAGGGAGCGUGCUGGGCCGAAGGCAGAAUUCCCAUUGGGUGCCUCCCCUCUCUCUAUGUAAUGACAUCUGCUAUCCUGGAUCCCGCAGGAAGAAGAAGAAAGAGGAGAAAUUUUGCUGCUAUGAUUGUGAUCCUUGUCCAGAAGGGAUGAUUUCAAACCAGGAGGAUAUGGAUUCCUGUAUGACCUGCCCCAUCGAUUACAUUCCAAACAAAGGACAAUAUCAAUGCAUUCCCAGGAUUCUAACCUUCCUCUCUUUUCGAGAAUUUUUGGGUAUCACAUUAGCUUUAGUGGCUAUUUUCUUUUCUACUAUCACAGCUCUGGUGCUGGGCAUUUUCAUUAAGCUACGAGACACUCCCAUCAUCAAAGCCAACAAUCGGAGUCUCACCUACCUUCUCCUCAUCUCCCUCCUCCUUUGCUUCCUCUGCUCCUUACUAUUCAUUGGGAAGCCUAAACCCAUCACCUGCCUCCUCCGACACACAGCUUUUGGCAUCAUCUUCUCCAUUGCCAUUUCUUCUGUUUUGGCCAAGACCAUCACAGUGGUCGUGGCUUUCAUAGCUUCCAAGCCAGGCAGCAUUUUCCGGAAAUGGGUAGGGAAAAGAUUGGCCUAUUGGACUGUCAUUUCUUGUUCCCUUGUUCAAGUUGGCAUUUGUGCUGUUUGGUUGGGCACUACUCCCCCAUUCCCAGAUCUGGACAUGCACUCCCUGUCUGGAGAAAUCAUAGUGACAUGCAAUGAAGGGUCACUUACCAUGUUUUACUGUGUUCUGGGCUACAUGGGAUUUCUGGCCAUUGUCAGCUUCACGGUGGCUUUUCUGGCCAGGAAAUUACCGGACAGUUUUAAUGAAGCCAAGUUCAUCACCUUCAGCAUGUUGGUCUUUUGCAGUGUUUGGCUGUCCUUUGUUCCAACAUAUCUGAGUACAAGAGGAAAAUACAUGGUGGUUGUGGAGGUCUUCUCCAUCUUGGCUUCCUGCACUGGGUUACUGGGGUGCAUCUUUUCCCCUAAAUGUUACAUAAUUCUGUUGAGGCCCGAUUUGAACAAAAGGGAGCUUCUAAAAAUGAGAAAACAUCCAAGCAUAACAUAA